AUGGCCGCUCCAACGUUGUGGUCGCAAUGUUUUCCACCAGCCAGUGAAUGGUCCGUUGAAAACAUGCCGAGCCAGCAGGGCCGCAUCGCCGUGGUGACAGGGGGCAGUUCGGGCAUUGGCUUGGAGAUUGUGCGUGCUCUUUGGAAGAAGGGCGCUACAGUGUAUAUGGCCUCACAUAACGAGGCGAAAAUGAGGAAUGUCAUUCGGAAGCUUCGUGAGGAUCAUGAUACUCCAAGCGGGACCCUCGAUUACCUACAGCUGGAUCUAGGUCAUUUGCAAAGUGUGCGGCAGUGUGCCCAAGUGCUGCGCGAGAAACACAACCGAGUGGAUCUGCUGUUCAACUGUGCUGCUGUACUAACACCGGGUGAAAAGGUGACCAAAGAUGGGUUUGAGAUCCAUCUGGGUGUCAAUGCGCUCGGUCCCUACUAUUUGACGCAGCUAUGCCUGCCGAUGCUCACCACAUCGUUCAAAAUGAACCCUCAUCGCCCCCCUCGCGUAUGUUUCGUGAGCUGCGCGUACCACAUACAUGCUACUUCCAAGGGAUUCGAUAUGCGUGAUCCUUCUGGGGAGCAUAUGGUUCGUCUGGUGCCUAAAUUCUUCCAAGCAUAUGCGAACAGCAAAAUGGAUGCUGUGCUUAUGGCGAACAAGUUCCAUCGCGAAUAUGGCAAUGACGGUAUCAUUUUCUCGUCGUGCAAUCCAGGCACUAUCCACACAGAUAUCAAUCGUGGUAUGACAAGCUACGUAGCUGUGAUGCUUGGUCAUCUAGCCAGUGAAACUGUCAUGUAUGAUGCGGCGAUGGGUGCUAUAACGCCGUUGUAUGUCGCUACAGCACUGGAAACGGCCGAAGAAGGUGGCGGUUAUUAUGUCCCAUGGGCACGCCGUGGUAUGCCAGCAGACGCAGCGCGUAAUGAAAAGGCGCAGGAUGACAUGGCACGCUUCUUUGAUGAAUUGAUUGCCUUGCGCAUGAAAGCGUAA